AAAAAGAUUGUGUCCUACUUCUACUUUCACUGUUGUGAAUGUGAUGGUUGCAGCGCUUAUUCGCGAUGUCUUCAGAAACGAGCUCAUUAGUCAAUAUUAUAUCACGGACGAGGUUAUAUAUUUUCCUGAUUGUCUGAUCUCCACUCACACCACUGCUUCUGCUAAGUUAAUUACUCUGAAAUUACUCAUAAUUGGUCAAAUUAGUUAGUAACUCAAUGAAAUUUUGGGACAUUUUGAUUUUAUUAACAUUAAAAGAAUAACAAUUUUUGACUGCCUCAUGUGACAAUGUUAUUUAGCCCUCCAACACACCAUGUACACACAUAUAUAUAUUUACUUUAAAACUGUUUAAACAGUAAUUAGUUUCCUGUCAUUCCUGUGCUUUAAGCCCCUCUCUGAAGUUUUUGAGGCCCCUCUGGAUCGUGAGACAUAACUGUAGUUGGGUUUUUUUUUAGCUCAUACCCUUACUUAUGUAAAUAUUGUAAAGGGUGCUAGAAGAAUAUGGCAUCCACAAAGUUUCCCUAUCAUUUGUGUUACGCACUGACUUAUAUCGGGAGAAAUUUAUCUCCUAUUUUAAUUGGCUCGUUGUAAACAGUGCCUAACAAAGGACGAUACCAUAGAAUCAACAAUAUUAAAGAUACGACCCAAAACAGUUUCUAGUUACAAUUAAUAAGAUUUAUUAUGUCUUAAGAUAAUUACAAAAGAAAAGAAAAAUAUAAUUACAAUCUUCAACUUACAGUAUGGUAGAUCUUGUACCGGUACACAGUUAACACAGUUAGAAUAAUAUGCCAAUAAAUAAUGCGAAAUAAACACAUAUGAGCACACAAAUACACAAAGAAUAAAACACGCCUCGUAAUGUUAAGAAAAUCUAUCUGAAAAUCUCCGUCCCCGUCCGUGCCUGUCAAUCCCUUAUAUAGGUGGGUCUACCGACGCCUAAGCCCUGCCUUCGAGCAGCUACAAGGCAUUUCUAGAAUAAUCAGAUUUAUUCUACAAAAUACUAUUUGGAACAGAUUAAUUAUUUUUAGUGGUUGGCGGCAUAAACAAGAAUACAUCAAAGGCCUAAGCCACACCCCUUUGUGAACACAGCGUCCCAUGCGGGGUCAAUCAGAGGGCACGCAACUCUCAAACCCAUUAUUUUCAUCAAUAAAAUAAUAUCAAAGCACAUUUUGGCGCCAUUAACUAGCUGGCGCCCGGGGACAUCUGUCCCCCCCUGCCCUACGCCUCUGACCCAGACCCAUACUCUAACAAUCACUCUUUAAAUUACAUAAUGGAUUGUGAUAAAAGUUUUUCAAAGUGUCAGCCUUCUUUUAUAUAUUAUAUAUUAAGGGCCCACUAUCAAUUUAUUUAUCAUUUUGGCUCCUAUGCAUGUAGAGGGGAUUUGCAAUGUUUCUGUGCCUGGUAAUGAUGAUAGCAAGUGCCACUUUGUGAGGGAAUCAUGCACUGGGGGUUUGAAGGCUUGAGGCAAUAGACAAAAAUGUGUCUAGUGUCUAGUAUUGUCUCCUCAACUGUUCCUUUCAAAAGCUUGUUCCAGUCCCUGAUUGUCUUGGGCAGGAAUGAGCAGUUCCUAUACUGGCUUCUUGCUGGUAUGAGCCGGAAUUACCUGUCAAAGCCUCGUUGCUGUCUAUGAGGGAGAGGGACGAGUUUCUGUUUAAUACUGGAACAGUGGACCAGCCCAUUAUUUAUCUUGUAUAUUAUGGAGAGCUUGGAUUGUCGUCGUCGUUCCUCCAAUGGUGAACAGCCUAGUGUUUCCAGCAUGCUGCCAACACUAGAGGUAUUCCUGUAGCGGUUCAGGACAAAGUGUGCUGCCCGUCGCUGGAUCGCCUCCAACCUGUCAAUGCUCUUCAGGGUAAAUGGGUCCCAGACUGAAGAUGCAUAAUCUAAAACCGGACGGACAAAGACCUUAUAUGCUCUUUCUUUCAAACAGGAGUUGCCAAUCUUUAGAUUACGCCUUAAGAACCCCAGUGUCUUGUUUGCUUGGUUACAUACAUUGUUAAUAUGCUCGUCCCAACGGACCUCUCUUUGAAUGGUAACACCCAGGUACUUUACUGAGGAAACUGGCUCAAGUAUAUGGCCAUGCAGUUCGUAUUGGUAGUGUAGAGGAGUAGAACUUCUAGAGACUGAUCGUGUCUGGCAUUUGGCAGGUUGAAAUUCCAUGUCCCAGCUCAUCUCCCACUCAGCUAACAGACUGAGAUCCUGUUUUAGCUGGUCCUGUUAAGAUCUGUUGGCGAUCGUCUUAUACACUGCAGUGUCAUCUGCAAAUAAUCUUGCUUGGGAUGUAAGUUUCACGGGUUGGUCAUUAAUGUAUGCUAGGAACAAACAAGGGCCUAGCACUGAUCCCUGGGGGACCCCUGACUUCACAUUGACAAAGGAGGAGCUUGUACUGUCCACCACUACUGCUUGCCUUACUUUGCACAAUAUUUUUGUGAUUAUAAUGAUUAUGGCAAUUCUUAAGAUUUAUUUUAAUAUUACUUAACUUCAUAAUUAAUAUUAUAUCUUUUUUAAAACGUGAUUAUAGUAUUUUUUUCUUCUUUCUUCUCUUUCAGAAUAAGUUCAGUGUUAAACAAAGACAACAAGCAGUUUGGUAAACAGCAUCUUUUUGAUGGGGAUGAAGAGACAUGUUGGAACUCUGAUCAGGUAUGGGAUUGUAUUGCAAAAGUCUAAUAAAUAAUGUUAAGACAUAAGUAGUUAUGUCAGGCAUCUAGUUUUAAUAUUACUUAUUAUUUAACUAAAGCUUCCAGCCAUGACUGGCUGACUUAAACCACCCCUUCCCCAUUUUGAAUAAAUUCUGCAGAGAAGUUAAAGAUGUGAUUCACAUUUCUAUCAACUAUUUUGUCAUGUUUUAACAAUCCCCAACAUUCCACUCUACCACAUGUAAAAAAUUAUUAAUUUUCUCUAAUGGUUUCCGUGUCUGAUCAGUAUCUAGUUAUUUUUUUAAAUUUCAUUUAACUCUGGUGUUCCACUGUUAAAUGGUUAGUUAUUUUAAAUUGAAUAAUGAAAAAAUCUUAACUCCCUCCAGAUGUUUAUAAUUUUUGCUUUCAAUGUUACACUUAGUAAAAUAUUUUUGGCAAAAAUUGUAAUGUUCUACUAAAGGUUAGUAAAAUAUAUUCAUCAGAAUUAAAAUAUUUUUCAUUUCUUGUCAUUUCAGGGAUCACCCCAGUGGGUCAUGAUAGAAUUUAAACAAGAGGUCAUUAUUAAAGAAAUACAGAUUCAAUUUCAAGGUGGUUUUGUGGGGAAGGUUUGCACUUUAGAAAAGCAUGGGGACCUUGGCAAUAAUUUUGUGCAAUUUUAUUCAUUUCAUCCUCUUGAUACAAAUCAGGUUCAGGUUAGUAAAUUUUAGUUUAUUUAUAAUUAUGUAUUCCAUAGCCAUUAUGCACUUUCUUUAAGUUACACAAUCAAAAAUUAUUUUUAAAAUAGUUACUUCAUUAUUCUACUUUACAAUUAAGUAAUGUUUAUAGUGCAACCAUUUUGGCUAAUGAUCAUUCGGGGUGCCAUGACGUAUUUUUGGUAGAGUCACUUCCCUUUGUUUAUUUUAAGAUAAUUAUUUUGUUAUGUCUUAUUAUUCGUACGCUGAUGACCUGUUUUGUAUUAAAAUUUUAAUAGGUUGAUUAAUUAUAAUUAUAAAUUAUGAUUGGUUGGCUAUUUUGCAUAUAUUAUUUGUGCCACCAUAUUGCAUUCAUUUUGGCAGAGCUUGCCUGUUCUUGUGCUCCAUUCAUUAUCUGGAUAUUAUUUGUGCAAUCUGAAUUAAAGUGUGUAAAAGUGUAUUUCAUGAAACUGUAAGUUGGGUUUUCAUUAUUUAUUUAUGUUAUUAUUUUUCGCCAUUUUUUAUUGGGUUUUUUCUUCUUCAUUUUUUGCGUUUUCUUGCCACAGUGUGUUAAUUCCACAUGUUUUACUUGUGGCUUUAGGGCUAGUUUUAGGGAUCGAUUUAGGGUUCGGGUUAGGCAUAAGGAUAGAAUUUAGGGUUCGGGUUAGGCACAGUGGUCGAUUUAGGAUUCAGGUUAGGCAUAGGGAUUGAUUUAGGGUUCGGGUUAGGCAUAGGGAUAGAUCUUCAAAAAAAUGCUAUUAAAUUUAUUUAUUUCCUUUCAUUUUUUAAAAAUUAAAACAUCUUUCCUCCCUUGCCUUCCUUUUUAAAAACAUGUGUUUUGCACUAAUUUUUAGCCGCCAUCUUGGUUGACACCUCACGUGACUUCACAUGAGGUGUCAACCAAGAUGGCGACCAUUGAGAAAAUAGUGGCAUCUCCAAUGACCAUUUACCACUAUUUUUAAUUCUUGUUACCUUUUGUAUAGGACUUUAUUAUUAUUGUGCCUUUAUAUUAUUUUUUAUGAUUUUGGCCUCAUCAGCAUAUAUUGUGGCUUAUUGAUUACAAAACUAAAAUAUUAUUAUUAUGCUCCCCAGAUUUUUCACCUCCCAGAGGCAACCACAUUGUCCACACUGAAGAUUGUUUUUGAUGAAAGCACUGAUUUUUUUGGAAGAGUGACAGUAUAUAAGUUAGAUUUUAUUGGAAGACCAUCUUGAUAACAAUUUCUGUACUGAAAUAUCAAUUAAUUAUGUAACAUAUUGCAUUUAAAACAAAAGUCUCAUAUUAAUAUGCCUUACAUUUUUUAUAUACAACUAUAAUUUGUUAUAUUAUUAUUCAUGCACACACACACACAUUUUAAUUAUUUUGCUCAAAUACAUUAGUCGUUCACAUUUGUCUAAAUAAAUUAAUUUAUUUUAAUUUAUCUCUUUUAAAAA